CCCAACUCUGAUAUCUCCACCACCCUCUCCGCCGACCCCCACAACUACAUCACCUUCAACAACAAGUACUUCACCGUCUCUGUUCAGAUAUGUUACGCUACCCAGCUGCCUGUAGAGGAGAUAACAGAUACUGUUGAGGCGUUUGUUUAUGUUAUAGACGAACCUGUGUUAGAUGUGAAAUCAGCGUUAAGCAGUGUAGAUGUGUUCAGUGACUUUAUAUCAGAGGUGGAUCCAGCCGUGAAGCUGUUACUGAUUAACUGUGAGGAUUCUCAGUUUGAGUCUGAGUUUUUGGAAUGGUGCAUGGAGCACGAGUUUGAGUUUAUCAAGUACAUUGUAUCAGAUAAUUCGGAAAGUGAGGAUACACUUAUGGGUCAGUGUGAGGGUAUGGGACGAGUGAGGGCCGCGUUGGAAUGUCACAUGUGGCCUUAUAGGACCAUGAAGAAAUCUCCAGCUCCUAUAGACGUUAAUCAUAGUAACGAUGGUAAUCAUAGUAACGGUAGUAACCAUAGUAACGGUACUCCAGAUGAGUUUGGAGAGUAUGUGUCAGGAACCAAUACUCUGGCUGAUUUUCAGAGUUUGAUGGAAGGAGAAGAGCUAGAGGGAGACUUUGAGAAUAUGUUCUCAAACAUGAUGAAGAUGAAAGAAGUAGCGGGACAGUUACCGGAUACGGAGCGGAAGAUGUUUGCCGAGCAAGUUGCUAUGUCUUUUUGGAGGGCCUUAGGUGGCUCUGAUGAUGAGUUGUAG